UAAUUCAGGAUAGGUAGGAGGAAGUUAGUGGGAGAUGGGCUGAAAAUUCAGUGAAGUGUUGAUUAGGUCGCUGUCUGCCUUGUAACUAAACAUUUUCCGUCGUGACGAAUUGAGUUAUGGUUUUUGCAUGUUCAGAUUUUAUUGACAGUAAACUUCACACCUUCAGAAAUCUGCAGGAAACGUUCGGGCUGACGGUGGAUUGGAGUUGAAGGUGAAUAUAGGCGACCCUUUCGUGUAAUGUGCAGGCUCAGAAAUGCCUUAUGUGGAUCGGCAGAAUCGUAUCUGUGGGUUCCUCGACAUUGAGGAGAAUGAGAACAGCGGCAAGUUCCUGCGCAGGUACUUCAUCCUGGACACGCAGGAAGGCAGCCUGGUCUGGUAUAUGGACAACCCCCAGAACCUGCCCACUGGAACGCAGCCUGUUGGAGCUCUCAAACUAACUUAUAUUUCUAAGGUCAGCGAUGCAACAAAGCAAAGACCAAAGGCAGAGUUCUGCUUUGUUAUUAAUGCAGGAAUGAGGAAAUUUUUCUUACAAGCCAAUGAUCAGCAAGACUUGGUUGAGUGGGUUAAUGUGCUGAACAAAGCUACCAAAAUCACUGUGCCAAAAUCAUCUGAUGUGCAACAAAAUUCUGAAAACCAAAAAAUUCCCUUGGAGUGUCCAGGUGCCAAGAAGCAGGUCUCCUAUAAAACUGAAAUCAUUGGGGGUGUUCCCAUAAAAACCCCCACACAGCAGGAGGGAGGGGAGGGUUCGGAGGGGGUAGACAGAGGUGGGUUGAAGCGCUCCAUGAGCCAGCUGCCGUACUUCAUGGGCAAAGCUGCUCAGGACCAGACCGUGGUCAAGGCUGGCUACUGUGUCAAGCAAGGAGCUGUGAUGAAAAACUGGAAAAGAAGAUAUUUCCUGUUGGAUGAAAACUCAGUCAGUUACUUCAAAUCAGACCUGGACAAGGAACCCCUCCGAAUGAUCCCCCUGAAGGAGGUGCACAAAGUGCAGGAGUGUAAACAGAGUGAUAUAAUGAUGAGAGACAAUCUAUUCGAAGUAGUAACAACUUCAAGAACCUUUUUUGUACAGGCGGAUAGCCCAGAGGACAUGCACAGCUGGAUCAAGGCAAUCUCGGGGGCCAUUGUCGCCCAGCGUGGCCCGGGCAGAUCAGCAGCUACUAUGCGGCAGGCCAGGCGGCUGUCAAAUCCUUGUAUACAGAGGUAUACAUCCCGAAAUGGUGAAUGCAGCACGUAUGAGCACAGCAACCAUUCCUCCUCAAACCCUUCCUUCUUCAUCCGCGACCAGGGCCCCCCAGUCCCUCGCUCGCCAGUCUCUGCGGCGGCAGCCUACCCCCCACCAUCUUUUCCGCAGUACGCCUUCCCUGCACCCCCAAACACUCUCCACAAACAGCCUGGCCUGGAAAAGCGAAGACUUCAUGAACCUCCUUCCAAGACCCUGCAUCCAGGGAAGCACUCGAUCCCGGCUUUCCUUGCAGGAGACCCAGCUUCCAAAGUGACUCCCUGCACGGCUCCCCCGGGGACGCCGCAGACCCGUGACGGCACUCAGGAAAUGCCCUCUGAGCACGUCGACCUGGAUGAUGAUAAUUUGCCCGUCAGUGAUGUCUGACUUUGCAGCACGUAAUGGUUGUGGUGUUUGGGUGUGUAGUGGCUAGAGGAAGUGUAUUGCCAGUUGGGUUUAGGCUAGCCCUAGUUUUUAUAAAUAUAUGGACCUGAACAUGGGAAUUGAAAGGUAACCAGAGGAAGAGAGAAAUUUGUCAUAAAAUGGAAAAAAGUAACAACUGUAGGAGAGUCCUGUUGAAGUUGUUGCAGAACACGGCUGCUUCUUUUUAUUUAUUUGUUAAUAUAAUUCUGUUGAUGUAAUCUAAAGGGGUAACUGCUGUGUACCAUGACACAGCUGUAAAGGGUCUUUAUAAGAUGCCAAAGACAAAACCUUAGGCAAAAUCUUGCAUUUGGAGGAUCCCCUUGUGGCUCUGGUACCUCAGCUGUUAUAAAGGAGGCCCCUUAUCCUGUAAAUGGGUGCUACUCAGGGUUUCAUUUUGAGCGGGGGGCUUUGGCAGUCGCACUGGUUCAAUGUUAGAUAGGGGUUCCACGUAAUCGGGUCAGUCAAUGUAUUUGGGGGUUAAAACUAAAAUCUUAAUUGAACCAGGCUAGGUGGCAAGUCAGUGGUGCCAUCUAAAUAAAAAUGAUGGUGACAGAUCGUUAAGGGGGACAUAUUGUACUAGUCCUAAUGGAAGAAUGAUUGAGAGAUGAAGUUAAUGUGACACCCAAAAAUGUGUAGGAUAUAUAUAUAUAUAUAUUUUUCUUUUGUAGUAUGAAAAUUAAAAAAAAACUAUUUAAAGAGAGGAGAUCUACAUUGUUGAAUUUGUAAUAACCCCAAAGUUAUUUUGUGCUGCAAGCAUAGCAUUUUACCCUUAACGCUCCCCAGUAGCUAAUGGAUUUCUAAUUUAGAAGUAAUUUAUUCUGCUGUAUUUCUAUAUUUGGUCCCAUUGUUUGCUGAAUGCUAAAUUUAUAAUCAAAGUUUAACGGUAAGACUGUUAACAGGGUAUAGCAAGACAUCUUGCUAUUACAAGAGCCCUUUGAAUUACUUUGUGCAUCAAUCAUUUGACACCUUUCCUGAUGUGUAUUAAUGUGACUCCUCUGUACCGUUUUCCUCCCUGAAGGGCAUCACUGUACAAGUGCUAGUUUCACAGAUGUUCAACAAUUAACAUACAGUAUUUGCAGGUCUGUGGGCAUAGCAGCUAGCACAUCUGAGAGGCACACAUCUGCAUGUUCUGCAGUCUAAAGUACCUUGAUGUGAACGUGGAGGAAUAUAGUAUAUUUGCUCUGUAGGAUCUCACAGCAAAUUCAGCUUCUCAUCCUGGCUGUUGCCACAGAACUGUUUUUAUGGGGGCGGGGAAAUAAACAUCAUAAAUGCCCCCCCCCAUUAAGAAUAAAUAAAUAAAUAUCUAAGAGUAUGUACUCUGUCUUGCUCUUUGACAGAAUGAGUAUCCAUUAGAUCUCAGCACAAGACUGCAGUUUGUUUCAUGUGUGUACGUUACAUACAGUAAGUGUAAGCUUCUGUUGUAGAUUAUUUGUUUUGUACAUUUUUAAUGAUGGUAAAAGGCUUGUGGGGUUUUCUUCUUGUGUCUCGGCUGACAAGCAUGUGGGUGAUUUUAACUUUGUGGCCUGUCAUUUUGUGCCUGUCUCCUUUCUAUAAAGGCAAUCUUCUGGUAUUUUGGUUUUGUACUUUUAUUGGAAAUUGUGCACCUUCUGUUUCAGAAUUGCAUUAUUGUUUUGUAUUAUUACCUGGAGUUAAACAUAGUUUAAAUAUAUUGAUCAAACAGUGGAGAAAACAACCAAUUGCCAAGUGUUUCACAGUACAGUACUUGUGGUGGGUGUGUGUGCAAUAUGGGUUUAAAUAGUUAAAUAGUGUGAUUAUGGUAAUACUGAAUGAAAUGCAAAAUCACAAUUGUUUUUAGAUGCAACACCUACCAAAUGUGUAGACUCCAGUCUGUUGACUAAGCGUGAUCCAAACCACUAGCAGGCAGAUUAUUUUAUAAGUCUUGCAUCCUAUAUAUAUAUAUAUAUAUAUAUAUAUAUAUAUAUAUAUAUAUAUAUAUAUAUAUAUAUAUAUAUAUAUAUAUAUAUAUAUAUAUAUAUAUAAUAUAUGAAAUAUAUGAAUGCCAAAGGUGUUGCGAUACAAAGCCUUUUUUGUUUCGCUGUUUCAUAAGCUACUGACAGUUGGCAUCAAUAUAAAAUUAAAUAGAUGACAAUAUUGUGUGUGGUGGCUUUUUUUUUUUUUUUUAAAGCUAUUGGUUUUUAUCUUCUAUUUCAUACUUCAGAUAUGUAGGUAUUUCUUGGACACUACAGAUGAAAAGUUGCUGUUACUUCCUAAACCUAGUUAUUUCAGUAGUUCAAAUUCAUGCAACAGUUUAUCCAUAGCAUUGUAUCUGAAAUAUUUGCAUAUCCUGAAACUAAACAAUAAAUGGUGGGACCUGUAAUAAUGUCAAUAAAGUUGAUUUAAAUAUAAUACAAGUAUUGGUUAGAAUUCAUUUUAAGUGAAAUAUGAGUUGCUUUUAUGACAUAGCAUACCACCUGUUGAAAAAGGAAAGGUUGGCAUUGUCACAAAAAAAUACCUACGACCUAUUUAGUACCGUAAAUCAAAUAUAUAAACUAAGAGAGAUUAAAAAUAAACUCAGGAAACUUUUGCAAUAAUCCUUUUAUUUAAAUUAUUAUGCGACUGCAUCAGAUACAAUGUAAAAUAAUUUUCACUUUAUUUGAACGACAUUGGAUCUGUGUAAAAUCUAUGUGGCAUUAAUAAAGUGAUAUAUUUGGCAUGGAACAA